CAUUUUUUUAAGAGCGACAGAGAGAUAACAAAAACACCUCCACAAGAAGAAGGUAUAACUAAUCACUUUAUGAACAUAUAAAACAGAUAAGAAGGGACAAUACUCAGAAAUGACAGGGUUAAGUGAAGAACAAUUGGAAAUAUUUGAUAAGGAAGGGAUGAUAUGUCUUCCAAAUUUUCUUUCCUCCGACCAAAUAUCUCAAUUAUUAACUCGAUCACAUCAAUUAUUAGAUGAAUUUGAUAUUUCGAAUCAUCCAUUAACUCAAUUCAAAACGAAUGAUAAUGAUCAUGUGGGAGAUGAAUAUUUCUUCAAUUCAAGUGAUAAAAUAGGAUAUUUCUUUGAUACCGAUGCAUUCAAUGAUAGUACUGGAAAGCUUAAUUUCCCUAUUGAACAAGCAAUUAAUAAAAUCGGUCAUGGAUUACAUAUGAUAGAUCCUGUGUUUGAACAAGUGACAUUAAACGAAGAUGUGAGGGGGAUAAUGAAGUCUUUGAAAUAUGUCGAUCCUCGAAUCUUACAAAGUAUGUUAAUUUUCAAACAGCCUAUUGUCGAUGAGAAUGUAUCGAAGGAAAGAUCGAAUGCUGUCCCACCUCAUACUGAUGGGACGUUCUUAUAUACUGAACCUCAAUCUGCGGUUGGGUUUUGGUUUGCGUUGGAAGAUUGUACUAUUGAGAAUGGAUGUUUAUCGUAUUUACCAGGAUCUCAUAAAGUUUAUCCUAUUACAAAGAGAUUCGUUAAGAUCAAUAAAGGUAAAGAGGGAUGUAAUUUUAUCAAUGUCGGGGAUGAGACUGAAGUUAAGACUCCACCUAAGGAUGGAUAUAAGAUUGUUGAAUGUAAAGCAGGAUCAUUAAUCUUGAUUAAUAAUUCUGUGUUACAUAAAUCGGAAAACAAUCGAUCUAAAAAAUCAAGAUUUGCUUAUGCCUUUCAUAUUAUUGAUGGCGUUGCUAAAUAUGAUGAAUUAAAUUGGUUACAAGUUCCACCUAAUCCAGAUGGUGGUACUCAAUUUACAAAGUUAUUCUAAUUGAAAGAUAUAAUAUUAAAUAGAUAAACAGGUUAUAUACAUGAAUAUAUUUA